AUGCAACCUCAACCCUCACAAGGUGAGGUUUCCAGUCUCAGGCCCUCCCACCAUCUGAACUACCUGAAACUGUCACAGCUCCCAUUGUCCCCAGGAGCUCAAAUAAGGGUAUGGAACCAGCAAUCUCACCCCCACCAGGUUGAGGGUUUCCAGUUCCCAGUCCCUCCACCAUCUGAAACUCCCUUCAAACAAAUAAGGGUUAUGGAAGGAACCAUCAAACCUUCACCCCCACCAGUACCCAGUUCCUCACCACCAUCUGAACUCCCUCAGAAACAAAUAAGGGUACCGGAACAAGUAAACCAUCCACCCCCACCAGUUCCUCCCCACCAUCUGAACUCCCUCAAACAGUCCACAGUUCCCAUUGUCCCACCAGGAGCUCCAAAUAAGGGAGACUUCAAAAAUAAGGUUAAUGGAACCAGCAACCUCACACCCCCAACCAGUCCACAGUUCCGCCCAUUGUCCCCCAUGGAGCUCACAAAUAAGGGUAUGGAACCAGCAACCCUACACCCCCAACCAGGUGAUGUUUUUCCAGUCCCCAGUUCCUCCCACCAGCUGAAACUCCCUUCAAAACACAGUCCCAGUUCCCAUUGUCCCCAGCCAGGAGCUCAAAUAAAGGGUAUGGAAACCAGGCAAAACCUCAACCCCCACCAGGAGCUCAAAAUCAAAGGGUAUGGAAAACCCAGCAACCUCACCAAACCCCCACCACCAGGUGAGGUUUCCCAGUCCCAGUCCCUCACACCCCCAAUCUGGAAACUCCCUCAAAACAGUCCACAAGUUCCGCCCAGUGGGUCCCAAGGAGUUCACAAAAUUAAGGGAAAUGGAACCAGCAAACCUCACCCCCCUACCAGGUGGGGUUUUCCAGGUUUCCAGUCCCCAGUUCCUCCCCACCCAUCUGAACUCCCGCAAACAGUCAACAGUUCCCAUUGUUUCCCAGGAGCUCAAAAUAAGGGUAUAGGGAAACCAGCAACUCCUCACCUCCCCCAACCAGGUGAGGUUUUCCAGUCCCUAGUCCCUUCCCAGCACCAUAUGAACCUCCCUAAACCCCAAACGUCACAGUUCCCAUUGUACCCCAUGGAGGUCAUUCAAAUAAGGGUUAUGGAACCAGCAACCUCACCCCCACCAGGUGAGGUUUCCAGUCCCAGUCCCUCCCACCAUCUGAACUCCCUCAAACAGUCACAGUUCCCAUUGUCCCCAGGAGCUCAAAAUACAAGGGUAAUGGAAACACCAGCAACCUCACCUCCACCAGGUGAGGUUUUCCCAGUUCCCAGUCCCCUCACCCACCAUCUUGAACCUCCCUCAAACAGUCACAGUUCCCAUUGUCCCCCAGGAGCUCAAAAUAAGGGUAUGGAACCAGCAACCUCACCCCCACCAAGGGUAGGAGGUUCCACCAGUCCAACGUCCCCGUCCCACCAUAUCCUGAACUCCCUUCAAACAGUCACAGUUUCCCAUUGUUCCCCCAGUCCGCCCGAGGAGCUCAAAUAA